AUGGCUUCCCACAUCGGAUCCCCGGCUGAGGAGGACUCGAUCCUCUCCUUCCUCACCUCAGACUUUCUCGAAUCUCAAGCAACAAGCGCUGUCGACAACAUCUCUUUCGACCCUACAAACUUCUUCGCCGACACUGAGGACUCUACAAAGAAAUACAACGACCUCCUUCUCCACCCUCCUUCCCCCCCAACCUCCGUCGGCACCUUCUCAGAGUCCUCUGGCUCGCCCCACAACAGCCACAUCGACUCCUCCGACGAAGGAUCCGACGUCCCCAUGGAGUCAAAUCCCCUCGAUUACUGGCAAUACGUUUACACCGACCUCACCCAACCUGCCUCGACUGCCUCUCUCCAGGCUGCUAUCCAACAGCAGCAGCAACAGAUUGCUCUUCAAAUCCAACAGCAGCAGCAACAGCAACAGCAACAACACCAGCCAGGGGCAUGGCCUCUGUUCCCUACCACUGUCGAUGCGACAGCUCUGUUGCAACCCGCUAUGAUCCCCCCUUUCCCUGCCUCACCAAUCAAACUUGCAACUGGAGCACCAUCAUCCAUCACCUCUCCUUCUCCCGCUCCUUCUCCCUCCAAGCCUGAAAAGAGAGUCAAGAGGGCCAAAAAGACUCUUGCUCCUGCCCCUCCCACUAUCGCUCCCUUAGCACCAUUGAAACCUUUGGUGUCCCUGGCGCCUCAGCCAACUCCGCCCUCUCCUCCCGUAUCAGUUCAUGACGCAUUCAUCAAACAGUCGCCCCCUCUCUCGCCCUGUAUCUCUCUCGCCCCAGCGCCUUCGACCAACAACGCAACAGGCGCAGCAGGAGCAGGCGGCCCCGCCCUUCUCCGACGCCCCUCAAUCAUCCCAGCAUUGACACCCAGUCUGGCGCGUUCCAACCCCGUCAUCGUCAAAUCCACUUUGGUCCCAGAUGAAAAGCCCCAGUCAGAGGCGGUGAUGACCGCCCAGGCAAAGAGACAGGAGCGCUUGAUCAAGAAUCGCGCUGCAGCCCUUCUUUCCCGCAAGCGCAAGCGUGAACAUAUUUCUCUCCUCGAGAGCCAUACUGACCUGCUGAAGAUGGAUAACCAGGAUCUCAAGGAGCGUGUAUCAGAACUGGAGGAGAACGUCAAGGUCUUGACCGAGGAGCGCGACUCUGCGCGUCAGGAAUGCGAGCUCCUCCACCGCAAGAUCAACGUUCUCACGCGCCCACACGAGACCCGCAUGGACGUGGAUCUGGAACGCAACCUUCGCACUACCGACGCCGAGCGUGGACUCAACUCCAAGGCAACCGGCGUUGUCUUUAUGAUCAUCCUCUUCUCGUUUGCAUUGUUCAACUUGCCCAGCGGAAAGCUUGAGACACUUAUGGUUGGCGGGUCAUUGGAUCGUCCCCGCAUCGGAUCAAACAUUGUUGGCAGGGCUCUCGAUUCAUAUGCCAAGAACCCAACUAUUUCCGGACAGGUGCGCGACCCUUCGACAAUUAGGCGGGACUUGAACAUGACUGACCUGGUCGUCUUCUCCGACAACCGCGCCCUCCAGACCUGGUUGGGACACCAGCAAGUGACCGUCAAGCAGGCCACCACAGCCAACACUGCCACAACCGAGCCCAUCGCUGCCGUCGUUGUCGGUGCCUCGAUGGACAAGGGCUCUGCUCUCCCCGAGAUCGUCGCUGCCUCGUCUGUGUCAGAUGAGGACACUAAGAGCGUCGGCUUUGUGGCUCAGACUCGCCCUCAGUCUGCUUGGGCCCACCAGGUUCCACAGGAUGAGCCCGACCGUGAUGCCUGGCUCUACUGCAGCAACCUGUUGUACUCUCUCCGUACCUCGAGCGUGACCAAGGCUGCUGGUUCAGCCCAGUCAACCAAUGGUGAAAUUCGUCGUCCUCGUCUGUCUCUUCUCUCUCCUCUUGAUGGCGUCGCUGGAUCCUCGAACACGGAAAAGAGCGAACUGCCUCCAUGGAUGCCCAACCCUAACGGACCUUCGGAAAACGCUUCAGAGCAGCUCUACCUUCGUCUUGAUGUCGAGAUCACCUCUUCGCGAGUUGUCAGUGGCAAGGGCUUGAACGAACACGAUCAAUUAAUCCGCUUCCCCUUGAUGCCCGCCGGCGUUUUUGACAACACGACCACCAGCCUCGCCCCCGCUCAACCACCCACCGCCACCCCCGCCGUCGGUGCUGGUACCGGAGGCAAAGCAUCUGGAAUUCGCCAGGGCAGGACCAGCCGUUUGAACGCUCAGGGUGGUAUUACGAAGACUCGCCGCUCUUAUGACAGCAGGGAGCAGUUCCUCAAGGCUGCCCAGGCCGCUACUCGAGCUGCCGCUGCCGCCUCUGACGCAUCGAUGCCCCUGGCACCGAUCAAGGAGGAGCCCAUGGAAGUCUUCAUCAAGGAAGAACCCAUGGACUGA